UGUCAAAUAAAAAUUAGGGGAAAUUGAAGAUUAAUUUGAUUGAAUGAAUGGUUUUUAGAUUACAUAAAGUAAUUAUUCUGGAUUGUACAUGAAUGUGUGUUGUUUGUGUUAUUUUAUUUUUGGAUGUUCAGAGGAAGGAGGAGAUAAUGGCAGGCAAGCAUGGAAGAAAAAAAUCGACUCAGAAGAAAAGUGAGAACUCCACAAGAGCCCGAGAAAACGUUGCUCCUGUUGUAAAAGAGCAUGUGGAAGAGCAAUCUGACAGGAACAAUAGUGAUGAUCUCUCUCCUGAUCUGUGUGAACCCUCUGAGAAAAUAAAGGGUCGAAAAAGAAAGAAUCCAUCUAGUUUUUCCGGUGGAGUCUCCACUAGAACUAGAGCUAGAAAGGCAGUCUCAGAUGAGAAUGAGCCGGUUGGAGAAGAUGUAGUCCAUGAAGAGAGUACUCGAGUGAGAGAAAAGACUGCAGUUUCGCUCUCACUUGAUUCUGAAAGUGAAGACAUGUCUGCUGUAUCAUCUAAGGCAAGGCAACCACCGCAGCCCCUUGAAUUUUAUUUCAAGAGCACUGAGUUUACGAAGACUUGCAAGAUUCAGACCAAGUGCUCUGUGAAGGACACAGUCGACGUGAUUAAGAAGCUGAAGGAGGAAGUUAAAUGGUUCACAAGCCAUCCUCAGUUUCGUCAUUUCUUCCACAUGCCUUCUGAAAAAUACUUGAAGCUCCAAGCAAUGUGGAUGUUACUGAUGCGCACCAUUCGUACUGAAAAAGAAGAAGAUGUUGCAUGGUUUGGCGUGAAUGGUGUGCCCAUCCGCUAUUCUAUGAGGGAGCAUGCCCUCAUCUCUGGCUUAGACUGCCAUGAGUAUCCGAGGAAAUAUUUGAAGCUCGGGGGUACUAAGUUUGUAGAUUAUUACUUUGGUGGACUAAAGAAGAUCACCAUAACAGAUGUGGAGCAGAAGUUGUUGUCUAUGAAGACGGCAUGUAAUGAUAGAUUGAAGAUGGCUGUUUUGUUCUUUCUUGGUCGGGUUAUCAGAGGACAGGCAAAGGAUACCGGACCAGUAGACCCGUUCAUCUUAAGGGUUGUGGAUGAUUUGGAAGCUUGCAAAACAUUUCCUUGGGGUCGUCUAACAUUUGAGGAUGCAGUAAAGAACAUCAAGCAUAUGAUGGAGCUUUUGAAGGGUGAAGUGCACCCGGCAUGCGGCUUUCCUGGAUUUGUAAUUCCGUUACAGGUUUUGGCUUUUGAGUGUAUUCCUAAGCUGGGAAAAAAAUUUAGACUCUCUGCAGACAGUCCCUGUGAAGAUUGUCCUAGGAUGUGCAAGAGCCGGUUUACCAAGAGUAGCAUGAAGGGUUAUCCUUUAGAAGAUAUAUAUACUGCUCUUGGAAAAACAAAGGUAUAUGUAUAUACUCUUUUUAGUAGAAACUAGAAGAAUAUAAACUGAUCUUACUGAUUAUUUUUUUUCAGGUUAUUAACAGUGUGUUGGUUCCAACUCUGGGUGAGGAAACUUUGUUGGCUCGCAUCAUUGAUGAGGAGCCAGAGUAUAAUCCUGAGGGUAGCGCAAGUGAUACAUGGAACCACUGGUUAGUUGUGAAGGAGAAGAAAAUUUGGUGGAAAGAACUUUAUGAGCAAGAUACUGGUGCACGAGUGUUUACAAAG